GACACGUCCGCGAACCGCCGCGAACACCCUACGGCCCAAUCGGAAGGAAUCACCGUCAAAUCGACGCGAGCGGAACGCACAAAGUCCACGGUAACGUCGGGACACACUGCGCACGCACCGUAUGCGGAGAACCUGACACAGCGCAGCACUCACGUGCUCUGUUUUCGAUCAUAGACGGAAAUGUCUAAAAUAGACAGCACAGUGUCAAAUUGCGCCGGCACCACUGAGCAGGCCAUACGGCCUGAUUCAAAGUAAAUACGGUCAAAUCACUGUCGGCGGAACGCAAAGAGCUCACGGACAGAAUCGGUACAAAUCAGUCAUAAAUGUCUAAAACAGACAACGCAGCCUUAGACCAAGGCGUCGAAAACUAACAAUGUCAACACUCCAAGUCCGCUUGGUACAGAAAAUAAAUCGCUAUUAAAAUGAACAUCUUUGUCAAGAGCUGCUGUACUUACAUUGGGCGCCUCUGGAUUGGAAUCGCCUUUCUCUUCAGAUUUGGACUCCAUCUAGGACCGAUGUUCCCGCCGGAAUCACAAGUUGGUGUAUUUGACUGUUUACGUGCUGCGCGGCGCGGGAGCGAGAGUGUGGCGAGGUGCGUCCGCGCGGUCCGGCUGCCUGGUCGAGACUGAGCUCCCGGCCGCCGGCUCGCGCGAAGGGCGGCGAGCGCCGCUGCCGAGCGGUUCCCCCUCCCUUCGCCUACCCGAGCCGGGAUGCUCCGUCGUUUUACGAGAGGGCGCAGCACUGCCUUCCGUCUCUGCCUCGGAAAAGACCGCGGCAGAGAACCCGUCACAGACGGAAGACAGCGCAGCGGCCGGAAACACCGGAAGUGUUCCGAAUUAUUACCCCGAGCUGUACCCUGUGUUUUAUUGCCCAGUCUUAUCUCAGAUGCAAAUCCGUCAGCAUCGGCUUACACUUUGUGAGAAUGUCAUUCGAUGCUGUGUCUUCGGGAUCGGAAAACGGAAAGGACUUAACACAUGUCUAUGAUGAGUCAAUCAGUACGCGGCGAAAAGGGGAUAAGGGAACGAUUUUGAACGAAGAGCCUGUUGUGCUGGGUUCAAGUAGUGAUGAGGAGGAGGAACAAGUGACAUCCUUCUUCAAGAAGUCACCAACGUUCGAUAGAUCUAAGGAAAAUGUUUUACUUAGAGAUGAAAGUGACGGAAGUAAUUCAAUUUUGUACGACGAGCAAUCCGUUUUAAAGACCAAGUGGCCACGUCAAGGAUCGAACACCAAGAAUAUGCCAGAUAGUCCGGUUGACAUAGAGCAUGAAGAGAAAUGUGAGGAGAUCAUCGGCUGGCCUGAGAGUGUAGGAGGGAAGAAGCCAUCAGCCACCGAACGUCAGAUUGACAUGCACCAGAAGUCUGCGUUUCGGUGCCCGGAACUCCUUUGUGGCUAUGUUUCAUCGCGCCUCUGCCUGCUUAGAAGCCACGCUGGGAGCGUGCACGGAAUCGGACCGGAACACCUUCAGGCUUUUAUAUCUGACGCCCAGAAUCUCAGCAAGCAAGGAUGGCGUACUACGACCCUAGCUCGUGUUUCUACAGCCAUGGGCGCAUCGGCAGCAUCACAAUCUCACCGGGAAGUUGUCAAGAAAGUACUGAAUGCCCACUUGAUCGAUGUUCAAGAUUUUGAAGGUGAGACUGAGCCCAAGAACGCUAACGUCAAAUCUGUACAACAAGGAAGGGGGAUCACGCGGCAGCUACUUAUCAAAGCAGGAAUAGCCCCAGAGGUUGAUGCGUCUGAUUUGUGUGAAACCGCUCGUUUAUACGUCGAUUUUGAAAAAACUCGCGGAGUUUUGCAAGAAAAGACCAUUUUUGCACACGCGAAGUAUAUGCAUCGAUUCAUAAAUUUUGCCCAGACAUUUUUGUCAACUUAUGACGAAAUUACGGGGAUGACAAGCUCUGAAGCAGUCUGUAAAUAUCAAGAACUUAUCUCAAAUAUAAUGGCACCGAAUACGUUAAAAAAUAACGCGGCCGCGAUGAUAUCUGUUCUCCAGUUAGCCUACAACCAUCCAGCAUUCAAGUUGAACAGUCUUAUUCCGAAGCCUACUAUUAAGAAGAUUUUAAGGUUCUGGGUAGCUUUCAAGAAUGAUUACGAGAAGAGAGCUAGAAUUGACCAAAGAAGAAAAUUGAAUUCUGAAGUAGAGACAGAAACGUCUAUUUUAGACAUUGUUGUCGCACUCAAUAAGUUGAACCAAGACUUUGAUAUAAGACGGAGACUUCGAAUUUUAUCACAAAUUCCACGCAACUCAAAACGUAUUCCUGAGCCGUUUGAGGAGCACUGGAAAGUUGUAACUUGUGUCUUAGGGGUUUUUCUGAUGCUGCAGGGCGCAAGACUAUGGACUGCUCUCGGUCUGAAAACAGGCGAGAUAUACACUGCGUGCAAGCAUAGUGGGACUUUUAUCCUAAGGAUAGCUUGCAAUAAGACCGCUAACUGGAAAGGACACGCCGUUGUUGCUCUGAAGGAGACACAGUAUGCAAUCUUUAGACAAUUUGCCGAAAUUCGUCAAAAUCUUGACAUGGGCAACGAACUCCUAGUGACAACCACGGGCAGGCCUGCCACUAAUUUGCUGAAUCCCAUCAUAAAAAUUCUUGGCUAUCCGAUAACAUUUAACAUGGUCAGGAAGACUAUUGAGACUAAUUGCUAUGUCAUUGAAGAGAACAGUGUCCAGAAUAGGCAAGAAGUUGCAUCAUAUCUUUGUCAUUCUACGAGAGUUGCAGAUACAUACUACAGAUUCAAGUCAAAUGCAGCUUUAAUUAGUGAGGCGAAGAGGGUUGAGUCCAUCUUGUCUCAGGUUUUAGCAUGUGAAAUAGUCAAAAACGGAAAUUUUCUUCCUGAAAACUGCAAAGACAAAUUCCCUCCGAAAGAAGCCCUAAGCUCAAAGUUAGACGAGGUUUGGAUGACAGAAGAUAUCAAUUUCUGCCCACUGACGGACACUGCCUUCAAUCAGAUAGCAAGUUGGUGGAGGGACAAGUUUAGAAAUCAAGCUGCAAGUCACUUCGCGGAAGAUUUCGUACGUGCGAACAUACGACCUAGCAGGGGCACUGUUGAGGCAUUGCUCAAGAAAACUAUCUGGAGAAAUGACACCGGUGAUAUGCCUACAAGGAUUCAGAAGUGUGUUGUAGACAAAAUUGAAAAUAAAAGAAUUCUUACGUAGUUAAAAUUUGUCUUUUUACAACAGAACCUUCAGAACUAGCCAUUUCUGUCAGAAUUAGAAGUUUUCGACUAUCGCGAUUUAUUCGUCUGAAAUUGACAGUUUUGUGAGCUGACAAUGAAUCAGGUACCCGGGGAGAUGACCCUGAUUUCCCUGACCAAGGCAGUCCGGGCACUCGGGCUCGUCUAGGUCGCUCGAUAUGCUUAAA